ACGCCUCUUGAUGGAGUGGGUGGUGGUCUCGGCUAUCAUCGGCAAACUUCGGACACGCAUGCGCAGUUCCACCAGUUUGCUGCAUCUCCCGGAUCCCUCGGAGCCAGUGAGCGCGUCAAGCUAGCAUGAGGCUGCAGCUUGACGCUCGAGGUGCUCGACGGACGCUGCCUUGGAAACGACAUAAAUCCAGUCCACGCAGCUGGGGUUGCGAGCAGGGACCCAGAUUUCCUCACAUCAAAGGCUUCCUCCUCCUCCUCUUCCUCCUCCUCCACCACCACCAACGCCUCCUCCACCUCUCUCCAUCCCUCCAUCCAUCCACCCAUCCAUCCACACAGGCAGGGGAAAAAAAAAACGCUGCAUCUCUUCUCUCUGCGAAAAAUGGACGAUGUGAAAUGAAAUGCAGAACAGGAGCGCACGAGCGGGAGGAGACAUUUAAACACGCGAGAGGAGAAGAAGAAGAAGAGGGAGGUGGAGAGAGAGAGAGAGAGAGAGCCGCAGACAGGAGUAAUCCAGCAUGCCGUUGGUGAAGAGGAACAUCGAGCCCCGGCACCUCUGCCGUGGAGCUUUGCCAGAUGGGGUGACCAGUGAACUGGAGUGUGUCACUAACAGCACCCUGGCAGCCAUCAUCAAACAGCUGGGCAGUCUGAGUCGUCAUGCGGAGGACAUUUUCGGCGAGCUGUUUAAUGAAGCCAACAGCUUCUACCUGAGGAUGAGCAGCCUGCAGGAGAGAGUGGACCAGCUGGCUGUGAAAGUCACCCAGCUCGACUCCACCGUGGAGGAAGUUUCCCUGCAGGACAUCAACAUGAGGAAGGCCUUCAAGAGUAGCACCAUCCAGGACCAGCAGGUGGUGUCGAGGACCUCGGUCCCCAACCCUGUUGUGGAGAUGUACCAUCGCUGUGACAAACCUCCACCGCUGAACAUCCUCAGUCCUUAUAGGGAUGACAAGAAGGACGCCCUGAAGUUCUACACCGACCCCUCUUACUUCUUCAACCUGUGGAAGGAGAAGAUGCUCCAGGCCACCGAGGACAAACGCAAGGAGAAGAGACGGCAGAAGGGCUGUCCGGCCCACCCUGACAGGCCCCACUCCAGACAGGCCCCACCCAGGAGCCCCCUGUCCAUCUCUGAGCAGCAGAAGCAGGUUGAGGACCCGAGCAGGGAGGUGAAGAAGGUGCGUAAGGCUCGUAACAGACGACAGGAGUGGAACGUCCUGGCUUACGACAAGGAGUUCAGACCAGACGCCAGGCUUACCCCCUCCCCCUACCAUGGCAUGUCCUCAGAGGGCUCCUUGUCCCCAGAUAGCAGGUCAAUGGCGUCGGAUUCCUAUCCGGCCAGCCCCAACCACCCCUCCGCCCAGCCCCCGGGUGCCGUCCACCCUCCCGACCCCCACGCCAGGGACCACCUCAGCGCCGCGGCCCAGACUCAGUCACUGGACCGAGGUCUCAGGCCGGCCAACCAGCCUCCUGGACCAGCAGGGCCGGCGGCUGGAGGGAGGCAUGCGGCGUCCCUUGGCAGGACUCCAUCAGGACACGGCGUCCCGGCUGGCGGAGACCAAAUGGUUAACGGACCGAGGCAGCAGUCGGUUAAGGAUUACCGGGCCGGGCACGGCCAGCCCUCCACCAUCCCCGAGUAUUACAUCCCCCCUGCCCCUCCCCCUCCUCCCCCCACCAUCCCCUCCGCCCAAACCGCCUUCGACUCCUCCGCGGUCCCUCCCUCCGCAGCCGCCUCCGCGGUCCCCCCGACCUCCUCCACCCUCUCCCGUCCCUACUCCCCCUCCCCUCCCCCGCCCCCGGCCAACUACGUGCCCUCCCCUGCCCACCCUCCCUCUGGCGCACCCCCUGCCGCUCCUCCACCUCCUCCGCCGGGAGCUCCCUCUGGAUUCCAUGUUCACCCAUCGCCGCCUCACGCAGCCGGAGGCCAGGCGGUGGACGGAGCGAGGAAGUCCACCAUGCUGGGGAUGAUCCCGAUGAGCGACGCCCGCUCCGACUUGCUGGCGGCCAUACGUAGAGGUAUCCAGCUGAGGAAGGUGCAGGAGCAGAGGGAGCAGGAGGCCAAGAGGGAGCCUGUCGGGAACGACGUGGCCACCAUCCUGUCCCGCCGUAUCGCCGUGGAGUACAGCGAGUCGGACGACGACUCCGAGCUCGACGAGAACGAGUGGUCCGACUAAGAGAUUCUCAAAGAGAGCGGGGAAGAGACGGGGGCUCGGUGGGUGGUGGUGGUGGUGACGGGGACAUAUUGAGACACUGGGGUUUGAAAUGAAAUGAAGGGUUUUAGUUAGUUCACUCAUUAAUAUUAAACAAACAGAACUCAGUCACACAUCCUCACACCAACUAGAACCCCAAUCUGCAGCAUUUUGAAACAUUUAGCACUUACACAACAACAGAUUGGUAAUUUUAGCCCCUGAUGACGCCUCUGCUACAACUGGAACCCCAGAGAGCCGUGUGUCUAACCACCAUUGUGUGUGCUGUAACAAACACACACACAUUCACACACUUCUAACAACCUCCACCCCCGUCUGCUCAUUUUUAACCACUAACACUCAGCUGUGAAAAACAAACGCACCACUCCUCCUCCCCCCCCCCUACACGUUUGAGUGAUAAUUAUUAGCAAUAUUACAUGAUUUCAAACUGUAGGUGGGCACGCGGGGGCUUAAUGUGUUUACAAAACACUUGAUAUAGCACAAGACAAAUUAAUUAUAGUGCAAUCUUAACUUAUCUGCCAAAUGUGGAGAAAGAGUUUAUGAAAACAAGUCAGGGAAAUCAGGGACGACUGGCUUCUCGGAGGAUGACUGCCUCGUUGAGUCGUGCCUGUUUGAGAAACACGUGAACGAGUCUUUGAAAAGCUACUCUGACUUUAUGAGUGUUUGGUUUAUCGGUCACGUUAGUCGACACAAGACAAAAGAACCAGCAUCAAAUCUAUCUCUGGCUCUUUAAAUGUGGGCUUGAAGUUGAAUAUACAGCCUGUUAGCUAGCUUGAAAUGUUAGCUAGCUUGAUUUUAAUGUUGAAAGCUUUUGAACGUUUGGAAAAAUGUCUCUGGAGAAUUCCUCCUACUUGUACAGAAUUCAUGAUUUAGGCAAAGUUGUAUUGAUGUAAUGAUUUAGAUUAUCUUUAAGAUAAAUUAUUCAGAUUAAGACAUGGAUCAAAAUCCCUGAAGCAAAUUUAAUUUGUUGAAAAAUGAAAAAAAUAUUACAUUAAACAUUCUGACUGUUGCUUAAAGGUACAACAUGAAUAUUUGAAUACAUUCUCAAUAUCAAAUACUCAAUUUUGCAUGUUCCUAACACAAUCAUAAUUUAAAUUACAAAUGUAUUUUUAUUUUGAUUUAAGCUAACAUGAAUUGAAAUUUUCAGAAACAUUCAAAACAAGACAAAUUCUUAAUAUUAUUUAUUAUAUUUAUAUUUUGGGGCAUUUUGCAUGUUCUUAAAACAAUCAUAAUUUAAAUUACAGAUUUAUUUUCAUGUAAUAUUUUAAGCUAAUGCAGAUGAAUUUUUCAGAAACAUGCUAAACAGGAAAAAAAUUUAAUAUUAUUUAUUUAUUCUAUUUAUAUUUUGGGGCAUUUUGCAUGUUCUUAACACAAUCAUAAUUUGAAUUACAGAUUUAUUAUUUUUAUUUUUUUUCAGUGAACAUGAAUUAAAAUUUUCAAAAACAUUCAAAACAAGACAAAUUAUUAUUAUUUAUUUACUUAUUUUAAGUUAUAUUUUUGGGCAUUUUUGUCCUUUAUUUGAUAGGACAGCCAAAGAGAGACAGUAAACGUGGGGAGCAGAGAGAGGGGGUAGACACUGCUGCAACGAGGGCUAUGGCCUCCACACAUGGGGCGCAUGCUGAAACCACUAGACCAGCAAUGCCCCAAAAACAAAAAAUGUUUUAAGUCAGCUUAAUGAAAGUCACCUUAAAUUCUCUAAAUCAUCUAAGAGUUUUAUAGCAUGGCCCAAUCUUGUUUUUUCCUUCUACUGUAGUGACUCCAAACAAAACUGUUCACAUCUUAAAUGUUGUUUUAAAUGAUAUUUAAUACAAUUACAUUUCUUGUAUGAGACGCUCUGUUAAUACCUUUCUUGUCAUCUUAGAAGUGAGCUGCGUUAGUAUGCAUAAGUGAAACAGAGUGAAGUAUUCUGUUGUGUUACAGUAUUUUGCCCAGAAGAUGGCGCUCAAAGAAACAAUUGACCGCUGAGCUCAGCUACAGCACAGGCAGCUGGUAGGGUUGCAGCAACAGAUGGGACAAGAAAGAGCUCCUCAUCUGCACAGAAACUGUACAUCGCUGAACUUAUUUGGCAUUUUGGGAACCCCCCAAAAAACUUAUAAGCAGGGGCACAUAUUUAUCCUGGGUUUGGCGUUAGUUCAACUUGAUCUUUUCCUUUAGAUCAGAGGGUGUUCAAGUGAGAAGAGUAACCAAUUCCAAGAGAAACUUUUAACAUGUAAUGAAAACAAUUAUUACAAGUAGAAUUAAAAAUGCUCCAGUGUGAUAUUUAAAAUGGUUCAAAAUGAUUUUCUUUGUUUGUUUUUGUUACUUAUUAAUAUAUUUAUUUAUUAUGUAGUUAGAUACAAUGUACAUUCAUCUACAUUGUAGUGGAGAUCACACAACAAUGUGAAAUAUCUAGAGUUAGCUAACAGGCUAAUUUAUGUCGUACUCCCUGAGUGGUGAAACAUUCAGUAUUACAGGCUUUUCUUCAUUUUUUUAAUAAAGAAGACAACAAACAAGCAAAAUUAGUCAUAAGGUAACGAAAAAAAUAUAUUUAUUGUCUCCAGAGAUAAGAGUGCUGGUGGCUCUCUUGUUCACGUGGAAAGCCAAACUCUCAUGAAGUCAACGUAGACCUUGAACUCUUACCUUGAAGGAUGUGACAAACGGCAGUUCUCCCAGUGAGAGAGCCUCAUAGCUCAAACUGAGACAAAAGACACCACCCACCCAGACUCGUGCUGGUUCUGAGGUUUGUGAUCAAUCAUUCAGCCUUCAUAUCACAGCGUUGAACUCUAAAAUAAGUGAGCCCAGCUUCUGCCAUCAGUUUGGUCCGUUUUAUAUUUAAGUUUUCUUCUUUGUUUUUAAUCAUUCAUAAUUCACAGCCUAACAUUUCAGCCAGUGACUGUGUGCUGUGGUAUUGGUCUUAUAUAAACGCUUCCUCUCUUUAACAUCACCGGAAAACGCACUCGCAUAGCUUGUCAUCCAGACCUGGGGUCAAAGGUCACGUCCACUCCGCCAUACGCGACCCUGGAUCAGCACUGCUGUCUGCAGAGGCUUUUGUGAACGCAGCCCCUGGACUAUAAAUACAUAAGUGUAAGAGACUUGCAACAGUAAUAUACGGUAUAUUAUCUAUCUCUCUUUUCAGUAUAGGUUUGGCUAAUCCUCAGUAUGAGCUGAUUGGACUGUAGUGUUUUUAUAACGUGGUUUUUCCUUUUAAAAUGUGCUGCAGUGAGUUGUUCAAUUUGGUUUAUUUUGGGGGUUUUCUACUCCAGGAGAGGAUUGAGGUUCAUGAUAAAGAAGAUAAACACGUGUCAGAAGAAGCCAGUUAGUUAAAGAAGUACCCCAUAUUUUUUUUAUAAGAUACACCUGAUCUUAAUUUAAUCUUGAGCCAAAGCACUUCCUCAAAAGCCGUUAAAAACUGGAUUAAAUCCAAGGUAGUGUGACGCCUCGAACAGAUACAGUACCCUCCUCUUACUCUAAAGACGUUAACCAAUGUUGUGUUAUCUUUAGACUCCAGUAAUGGUUCUAGGUCGUCCAUUUGUAAGGAAUAAGGGCUCCUUAUCACAGGAAAGCUAACUCAAAAUAUUUAACCUUUGUCACAAUGAAAUAAAGACAGAGUCAAGUUAGCUGGAACCUUAGCUUAUCAUGUAAAACAAUCAAAUUGUUUAAGCUCAAAAGAUCUCCAUAUCUAGAAGUCUUAGGACCUGCAAUAAUUAAACUAGUUUAAUUGACAGAAUUGGUUGCAUAUUUUUAAAAGACAGGUGUUCUCCAGUAUUCGGCCAGUGCAGAGAAAAAAACAUUAUUUUAAUAUGUGUGCUGUAAAUAUAAGAUAAAGACUGUAAUUGGGUAAAAAAACAGGGCGAUUGAUUAGCGAUUGUUUUGGUAUGCUAGUUAAAGAAACGACCACAUUCAUAAGGUCGCCAUUUUCUCCGGACAUCAUGCUUAGGUAGGGAAGCUCAAAAUGUUGUGUAAUGUUCUGUAGUACUGGUUUCAAAUCUUACAAAAUGUGUGACAUCUAAGAAAUAAUAAUGCAAUAAUACAUUUUGGAGUUUCUUAAUAUUUUCUAAGGGAAGUUCUCAAGGCAGAAAAUGAUGUCAUUUAGCAGAUAAGUCCCAGCUAGCUUACAUUUGGCUAGCUAAAAUAAACUUUGGUUCUAAAGCAUCACUGCUAGCUUACUUUAUUGCAAGCUAGCUAGCUGAUACUGCCUUUGGCUUCAUAGUGUUUUCAGUAUCCAAAAAUAAAAAAUAUAAAAGUUAUAUAAUUUCUAAACAAAAUUGAAUGCAUCACAACAGCUUCUAAUUCCUAGCUUGGCAUACAUAACAUUUGGCUCACUAACUCUACUGCUAGCUAGCUUAUACUGCCAUUGGCAUCACUAUCAUAGUGUUUUCAGUAUCCAAAAGUUGCAUUACAACAUAAAAUGUAUAUAUUUUCAAAAUUGAAUGCGGCAUGUACCAAAAGCUAGACCACAACAGCUUCUUAUUCUGAGCUCCAAGCAGUUGGCUAGCUAACAUAACAUUUGGCUCCCUAACAUUACUGCUAGCUAGCUAAUACUGCUAUUAUAGCUUCACUAUCAUAGUGUUUUCAGUAUAAAAAAAAAUGCGGCUUGUACCGAAAGCUAGACCACAACAGCUUCUUAUUCCAAGCUCGGCAACAGUUGGCUAGCUAACAUAACAUUUGUCUCUCUAACAUUACUGCUAGCUAGCUAUUACUGACUUUGGCGUCUCAAUCAUAGUGUUUUCAGUAUCUAAAAAUGUGGCUUUGUUGAAAGCUAGGUCACAACAGCUUCUUAUUCUGAGCUCCAAGCAGUUGGCUAGCUAACAUACCAUUUGGCUUGCUAACAUUACUGUAAGCUAACACUGUCUUUGGCUUUACUAUCAUAUGGGGUUCCAUACCUCAGCUUCUAAGCCCUGGCUAACAAAACUGUUGGUAAGUGAACUAACUAAGUUAGCCAACAGUACUUUCAGCUAACAUAACUGCUUGCUAGCUAAAAUUAUGUUUUGCUUUACAGUCAUUUCGUGUAACAUACUAGAUGGUAACAUUAGCUAACAUAACUGCUUGCUAGCUAAUAUUACCUUUAGCUUUACAAUUAUUACGUGUAAUGCUACUAGAAGGUAACAUUAGCUAAGAAGUGGCUUUAUGCUAAUGUUAGCAGUUGUCUAAAAGAAGCUUAUAACUUAUCAAGUAUGAUGUUUUAACAUUAAAUACGGCCCUAUAUUAAUGAAUUAAAUGUUAAAAAGGUGUUAAUAACUUUAAUACAGCAGUUUAACAUUCUAAGCAUUUAAGCUUCCCACGUUGAGUUUGACGUCUUAGGAAAAUGGCCUCCUUGUGAAUAUACCUAAUUAAGUCAAGACCUUUAUUUUGAAAUGUUAGGAAGAGAAGCACAAUGAGUAACUAAAUGUGAUUAGUUAUUCAGACCUUGGCCAAAUGUUCUAAGAGGAUAUUUGAACCCAGAAUAUUUUAAUCAAAGCCCUUCGUGACCUUUCAGCUACAAAGAAUGUUAAAGCUGUAAAACUUAAUAUUUAUUAUCUGGUGCUGUAACGAUUCCCGCCCCUGGAAACUCCCAGACUCUUUAUUUUGGCACCAAAAGGCCGAGAUGUAAUAUCAACCACACCUUGUUGUGUACAGGUUGUCUUUGGCUGCUGGCUUGUGAGAAUAUUUCAUUAUGUGUUGAAAAAUGUGAGAAAUGAAUCAUGUUGUAUAAACUUUUGGUAAGGAAGCCUGUAAAGUACAUUUGGGGUAAUAUAACAUAGACAAUGGAACAAAAUAAAACUGUGUAUUGCACACUAAAACCAACUGUAAGCAAGUAUGCAUGUUACUAUAGACAAUAAAUGGUGAAUAAAAAUGUUA